AUGGAUCAGAAAACUGCCAAGGAGACAUCAUCCAACAGCGUGGGCAGAGCCUCCAGCGCCUCUGCCUCCGUCGAUCGCACCGACCGAAAGGCUGACUCGAACCGCCAACCUCUGCCGCUGCUCCGCCGGGACACCGGCUUGAUGCUGACGAUGUCUCAGGAGCAGGCCGCCUGCCUCCUGGCCAACGCCUUCUUCUGCAGCUUCCCCCGGAGCAACGCCACCGGGACCCGGAACGUGGGCGUGUCACGCCCCUUCGACUCUGUGACCCUCGCCUCUGUCUCCCGCUCUCCACGCAGAGACCCGGACCGCGCGAGAGACACCGUGAGCUCUGAGCACCCUCGUCUGCAAGUUGCUACCAUGGAGAUCAGCCGAGCUGGAGAGGCUCGGAGUAACGGCGAGUCUUGCACCACGCGGAGUGCGCUGUCCUCAGCGCGCACCGCCUCCAUCCGCAGCAAGUCGCCACAAGCAAUCCUGGCUCUCUUUGGCCCUCAAAUGACUCACCGGGAGAAGCUGGAGCUUGCCGCCAUACAGGAAGUAUGGUACUUUGCGCUCCGCAACAGAUCCCGGGGACCAAACAACGAUGGAUACGACGACCACGAACAUCAUUACAUUCUGAUUUAA